AUGAACGUCUUGGAGCGUCCACAAGCGUGCGGAUGUACUACGAGUGAGCGCGAUGGCCUCACUUGUGGUAUGGUCGUUAGUACGACUGCACAAGAUUACAGUGUAGAAGGCCACUGCAUUGUGGAACCAGCUUCCGUCACCUGUGUAAAGACACAGGCUGCGCCGAAGGUUCACCACUCGAAGAGAUCGAGUGGACUGAACACGGAUGCACACCAAGAAGGAGAGUCGAUCGUAGAGCAAGCCCGAUCGACUGAAAGAGAGCCGAUCGAAGAGGACGUGACCGUGAUCGAACAUGUAACGGAAGAACUUUCCGAGGUUCCGGAGAGUGAUAAACCUCAAGAAAGUUAUGUUGAGGGUGUGAAUCCCCAACCACCUGCGGAUGUGAUUUCCCAGGAAAUCACCGAGACAGUGAAUGUCUUGGUGAAUGACGUAUCGAGUGUGGGCUCUUUUACACUUGGUCUGGUGACGCCCCCGAAGUCAGCUUCGGAGGUGGUCAAGCUGCCAAUGCUAGAAUCUAAAAGAUUCUUGCGAGAUCUGCGUGGUGACAGGAUCAAGCAGAUUUGCGUACUCGUCACAGAGGACGAGGACGUCGCCGAUAUUCGGUCGGCACAAGUGUUUGCUGAGAACGAACGGGUUCUCAGUAGAUCAUCUAUGAACGAGAGUGUCCUCGAUGAGAAGACCCGGAUUGAGCGAUACACGUCUCAAUAUUAG